AAUCCUGGGAGCACAGAAAUCCUGCCAUCCUAGGAAUCAGGAGUACUGAAAAACAAAGGCCCUCCUUCCCCAAGAACAGCCCUUAAAGGUGUUCAUGCCAUUAUGAACCAUGGCUCAACUUUACUACAAAAAGGUGAACUACUCGCCCUACCGGGACCGCAUCCCACUGCAGAUCGUGCGGGCAGAGGCGGAGCUGUCCGCGGAGGAGAAGGCCUUCCUCAGCGCCGUGGAGAAAGGCGACUACGCCAGCGUCAAGCAGGUCCUGCACGAGGCAGAAAUCUACUACAACGUGAACAUCAAUUGCAUGGACCCCCUGGGCCGCAGUGCCCUGCUCAUUGCCAUUGAAAAUGAGAACCUGGAGAUCAUGGAGCUGCUGCUGAACCACAGCGUCUACGUGGGCGACGCCCUGCUCUACGCCAUCCGCAAGGAGGUGGUCGGGGCCGUGGAGCUGCUGCUCAGCUACCGAAAGCCCAGCGGAGAGAAACAGGUCCCCACUCUGAUGAUGGACGCCCAGUUCUCCGAGUUCACCCCAGACAUCACGCCCAUCAUGCUGGCCGCCCACACCAACAACUAUGAGAUCAUCAAGCUGCUUGUCCAACGCCGGGUCACCAUCCCCCGGCCCCACCAGAUUCGCUGCAAUUGCGUGGAGUGCGUGUCCAGCUCGGAGGUGGACAGCCUGCGGCACUCUCGCUCGCGCCUCAAUAUCUACAAGGCCCUGGCCAGCCCCUCGCUCAUCGCCCUGUCCAGCGAGGAUCCCAUCCUGACGGCCUUCCGCCUCGGAUGGGAGCUCAAGGAGCUCAGCAAGGUGGAGAAUGAGUUUAAGGCCGAGUACGAGGAGCUCUCCCAGCAAUGCAAGCGCUUUGCCAAGGACCUCCUGGACCAGGCUCGGAGCUCCCGCGAGUUGGAGAUCAUCCUGAACCACCGGGAUGACCACACCGAGGACCUCGACCCCCAGAAGUGCCAUGACCUGGCCAAGCUGAAGGUCGCAAUCAAGUAUCACCAGAAAGAGUUUGUUGCUCAGCCGAACUGUCAGCAGCUGCUGGCCACACUGUGGUACGAUGGCUUCCCAGGCUGGCGGCGGAGACACUGGGGAGUCAAGAUGCUGACCUGCAUCACCAUCGGCCUCCUGUUCCCCAUGCUGUCUAUAGCUUAUCUGGUGGCCCCUAGGAGCAACCUUGGGCUCUUCAUCAAAAAACCAUUUAUCAAGUUCAUCUGCCACACGGCCUCCUAUCUGACCUUCCUCUUCAUGCUGCUUCUGGCCUCCCAGCACAUCGUCAGGACGGACCUGCACGUGCAGGGGCCGCCGCCCACCGUGGUGGAGUGGAUGAUACUGCCCUGGGUUCUAGGUUUCAUUUGGGGAGAAAUUAAGGAGAUGUGGGAUGGCGGCUUCAAUGAGUACAUCCACGACUGGUGGAACCUGAUGGAUUUUGCCAUGAACUCCCUCUACCUGGCGACAAUCUCAUUGAAAAUCGUGGCCUACGUCAAGUACAACGGUUCUCGUCCCAGGGAGGAAUGGGAAAUGUGGCACCCGACUCUGAUAGCCGAAGCCCUCUUCGCCAUCUCCAACAUCCUGAGCUCCCUGCGCCUGAUAUCCCUGUUCACGGCCAACUCUCACCUGGGGCCUUUGCAGAUCUCCUUGGGCCGCAUGUUGCUCGAUAUUCUCAAGUUCCUCUUCAUCUACUGCCUGGUCCUGCUGGCCUUUGCCAAUGGACUGAACCAGCUGUACUUUUACUAUGAGACCAGAGCCUCCGACGAGCCCGACAACUGCAAGGGGAUCCGCUGUGAGAAACAGAACAAUGCCUUCUCCACGCUUUUUGAAACCCUUCAGUCACUCUUCUGGUCGGUGUUUGGACUUCUGAAUCUCUAUGUCACCAACGUCAAAGCCAGGCACGAGUUCACUGAAUUUGUGGGGGCGACCAUGUUUGGGACGUACAAUGUCAUCUCCCUGGUGGUGCUGCUGAACAUGCUCAUCGCCAUGAUGAACAACUCCUACCAGCUCAUUGCAGAUCAUGCAGACAUUGAGUGGAAAUUUGCCCGAACCAAGCUCUGGAUGAGUUACUUUGAUGAAGGGGCCACCUUACCACCUCCCUUCAAUAUCAUCCCAAGCCCCAAGUCCUUCUGCUACCUGGGCCAGUGGUUCCACAGGCACUUUUACGCCAACAGGGGCUCGGCAAAUAAUGGAAGGAAGCAUGGCAACCUGAAAAUGUUCACUGAACGCCAUGCUGACAGCUUGAUUCAAAAUCAGAAUUACCAGGAAGUGAUACGGAAUUUGGUGAAGAGAUACGUCGCAGCCAUGAUCAGAAGCUCCAAAACAAAUGAUGGACUGACAGAAGAAAACUUUAAGGAGCUAAAGCAGGACAUCUCCAGCUUUCGUUACGAGGUGCUCGACCUCUUGGGUAAUCGCAAACCCCAACGAAGGAGCUUUUCCACGAGCAGCACCGAAAUCUCCCAGAAGGAUGAUGCUAACGACGGUAGUGGGGGGGAAAAGGCCAAAUCCAAAAGCGUCUCUUUCAACCUAACUGGCAAAAAAAGGGACCACGGCUCCUCGGCCCCAGCCAAGUCGGCGUCCAAGACAAGUAGCGGGGGUGCGACUGCUGCCCCCACUCCUCAGGUUAAGCCAAAAACUGGUGGGUCAAGUAAGCACUCCUUUAUGAGCAACCCACUUCAGAAACUAUCAAGCUCCAAGAAAGAGUCUUUCAAGAGACUGGGUCUCUUGUUCUCCAAGAUGAACGGGCAUCUGGCCGAGCCCAGCGCGGAGCCGAUGUACACGAUUUCUGACGGAAUCGUUCAGCCCCGCUACACGUGGCAAGACAGCAGAUAUUCCCAUAUGGAUCCAGAGAGGGGAGAAGCUAGCUGUUCGAGAAGCGAGAGUAACCUGUCAGAGGCGGACUUUGGUGGGGGUGCGUGUGCCCCCAGCACCAGCACAAGGGCCUCUGGGCAGAGCAGCGAAUGCCCUCUCGCAUCCUCCAGUUCUCUCCACUGUGCAUCCAGCAUCUGCACAUCCAACUCCAAACUGAUCGACUCCACCGAGGAUGUGUUCGACUCGUGGGGGGAGGCUUGUGACUUGCUUAUGAACCGAUGGAAGGAUGGACAGGAAGAACAUGUUACAACGCGACUCUGAGCUAAGCCCACUACCCCGCUGUAGAACUGGGCAGGCUGUUUGUCUCUCUUGGCUAGAGAAGGUGGGGUGGGGGAGGGGGCUCUGAAUCAUAGCUCCCUCGAUGCCCUUAGAACCCACAUGACACUCCCACCCUGUGGCUUUCAUUAUUGCUUCAAUGUUUGGUGAACUGAUUUUGUUUUUGCCAUUUUCUACGUAUAGAUGCUGAUCUCAUCUUUGCUACCUAAAGGGUUCCCCGGGAAGCCCCAGAGCUUAGGGGUCACAUCUGUACUUGCAAACUCUUUGCUCUGCUUUUCCUGUCCCGUGUCCUCUAGGCCCCUUCCCACCUCUCCUGUCUUCUUCCCUCUACCACCAAAAAACAAACAAAAAAAAAAAAGAAAGAAAGAAAACAAGUCCCAGUGCAGAGGCGUUUCUGAGCACAGUCCCACUAGCCCCAAUUGAGGCCGACUCUGAACCUGCCCUUGCUGCUGUCCAGUAUCGCCCAGAGCCAACUGUCAUCGGAAAAAGAUCUCGUCCAAGUCUGAUGGAGCAUCCGUGUCCCUUUAAUUGACUGUUUUCUGAAAACAACAGAAAAAAAGCCAGCAACAUCAUCAGCAGAGCGCAUACUUGGGGAUCCCAGGCCAGGCAACUGCAGCUCAGAUGAGAACAAACAAAAGGUCCAGAUGCAGAAGACCACCCAGAUCCAGAACCAAAGGCCACUAGUGUGUUGGGAACCCUAAGGAUUUGCUUUCAGAGUCUCCACCAAAUCCGGGAGGGUGGGGGGAGGGAGAGGCCCAGAUCCAAGUACACGUGUACUAGAACAGCAGCUCCCUCCAAAUCCAAUUAACAAAUGCUCUGCCAAUGACCCUGGCUUCAGUAUCAGUAGCAAAGUUUCCAACAUCCUAGACAUGGUGCUCUGAAGGGCAAAUUUAUUCUAAGCAACAGAUCCCAGGAUUUUCUUUCCCAUUCUGUUUGAUGGUACAAAUCCCCAUCUAUGAGCCCCUGUAGCCAAGGCUUUGGAAGAGAACGGCCUCCUUGUAGCCAACUUUGGCUGGGGUUGUGCCGGAUCUCACUCCGUUUUUUCCAAGGGGGCUGUGUGGCUGGAUCAGUAGCAGGAAGGUCCAAGCCUAGAGUCCCUUGACAACUGUUCAGUCAGAUUGCUGUUUGUGCACAGUUGGGAGCUUUCUUUCUAACCCUGAGGCCUUAUAUGUGGGCAAACAUUAACUAGGCCAGGGAAAUGGUAGAUCUUAAGACAUAGCAAGUGCUUUGACUUCAAUACCCCUGCUUUGCAUGGCCACCUCCCUCACCGACUCCUGGUCUGCUUGGAACUUGGGAGCAUGAAGCACUAAGGGUCAAUUUUUUUUCCCAGGAACUACAUUCUAAUGAGCUAGAGCAGUCACCAUCACCAAUCCAGCUGGAUUUUGUCUUAUCUUGUCCGCAAGUAUAGAGGCCCAUCACAAAACAUAGGGCCAAAAUCUAUUUUAGAUCCAGAUGUUAACACAAAAGCAUAUUCUGUUCCCCACUAUUAAAUCAUCAGAACACGGCUAUAUAGACAUUUCAUUAACUUUCCUUGAACAUUGCAGAGGAGCUUAAUUCAACUUCCUGCCUAUCUCUUCUCUGACCCCAAAUUUGGCUUAAACUCAUUAUCACGACAAGAUACCUGGCUGGCGAGCUUUAUUAACCCUCAGUAAUGGGCACAGAAAGACCUGCCCAGAUAGCUUUGCCAGAUGCGUGCGAGAGAGACAGAGAGAAGUGUGUUGUUCCGAUUCAAUAAGCAUCUCUUUAGCACCUGUAUGACAGUGUACUUAGGUACCAGAGACAGGCCAGGAACAGGAACUGGACUGGAGAUUUCCCUGGCAAAGGAAGCUCCCUCCACAAGUCAAUAUAUAUAUAUAUAUAUCUCAGAGGUAGGCCCUGAAGGCAGGUCUUCCUGUUUUCAAGGCAGUAGGGGAGAAGAUAACACAAAGCAGUCCCUGCCCUCAAGGAGCAUGUAUUCUACACUGACUGGAGUCAUUCUUGGCAUUUCAACUCCAUGUCACUACUAAGCUGGAAAAUCUCCAAAGAAACUCCUGAAUGAGGUCCACAGAGGCACUUGUUGGGUGAGGACCCUCCCCAAGUCGCAACCAUUGUUCUGAGAGAACAACAGGAGGUGCAGAAUUCCAAGCACAAAUGCAUCAUCUUCAAGAAGGCCCCCCACUUAGCUCCCCACUUCUAACUGCAACCUAUCUCAGACUUUUUGAAGCCAGGUGCAUUCAUUUGGCUGCCACUUUAUCUCAAUGGGGAGGUGGGAACAAAUCUAAGACAACAGUACACCAAGGACUCUACUGUGCCAUGCCAUUGGGGGGGACCUCUGCUACACCAACUCCAUAUGAGCGUCACAUGAACACCCCGAGCGCAAGAACUCAGCCCAACCACAUACCCCUGGUAUUUCAACACUAAUUGUAGGGGAAAACUUAGGCACUCCCCUGUGUCAUUUAGAUCUCCAUCUGUUCUACCAAUCCAAUCUAGUCCAAUCCAAUGAGUAUUUACUAAGCUCCUUCUAUGGGCAAGGGACAGUGCUGAGCAUUGGUGACGCAAAGACAAGAUGGCGGCAUCCCUGGCCUCUAAAGAGCUCACAUUUCACUAAACUGGGUUCCAAGACCUGGAAGCGUGACCUAUUCCAAGUAUUGGGACUGUGCACAUUCCACAAGUAUUCUAAGGCCCCACAGGCUCCAACUAGAGCCCUGGUGGACCUGAGGCAGCCAAUGAGACCGGUCAAUGGCUCCACAUGCAUACAUCCGCCUUCUGUGACCACAAUACUAGAAUGAGUUCUAUGUUCCCAUUCCCCACUUUGCUGAUGUAGAAGCUAUCAUUUAGUGCUCCACUGUUGGCUUCAGCACAGACAUUGCCUCAACUGUAUCCCCAGUAGCCCAUUUAUUCUUUUCCUACCCAAGUGGCUUAUGCGUUGCUUUGUUUUUUUGUGGGACCAUUUUGUCCACGUGGCAUACCCCCCCACACCCAAACCUACUCUCUAACAUUUUGGUUCCUCAGUCCCUUUCCCUGAUCGCUGAGGUUUUUUUUGUGGAGAGAGGUGAGAGAGGAAGAAUGACCUUCCUCUGGAAAGAAGCAGCUUCAAAGUCCUCAUCAAAAUGGGUACAUGCACAUGACUGUCACGAACUUUAGAUCUAUCAAGGUUAGAAAUUGUUGGUUUUAUGAAAGAAAAAAGAACAGAAACAAAGCACUCAAGUUAGAAGCAAAGGAUCUUACCUGUAAAAAAGAAACCUGCUAACUUUCAACACACGUUCAUGGAUAACCCUAGUAUGAGUUGUACAGCUGUACCCGCCUACUUGAGGUGUGGCUGCAUGUGCUAACCCAGGGCCUAGGAUUGCUACAAUGGAGAGUGCUGCAAAGGGAGGCAUUCAUCCACAGCCAGUCCUUGAGCUCCGCUUCCAGUUUAUUCCUGCCUUCUCCCAACAGUUUGGGGUCUUUGCCCUUUCUGUAUUCUUUCUGCCUCAAUUCAUAUUCCACUUUCUUCUCCUAACAGUGUAGUGUACAUUUGUGUGUAUGUGUGUGUGGCACUUGAGAGCCACAUACAUAUUAAAAUUUUGAAUAUUGAAAUAUAAAGUGAAAUGGGUUAGCCUCAUGGCCCAGAAGUCUGAAGCAGACCGCCCAUUGUGGAGUGAAUGAGUGGUAGCAAUUUGGGGGAAAGCCCCCAGCUCGGCCUGCACGUGAUGAAUGUCUUUGUCUGAAUGGAUGUAAUAGCCAUGCGGUUUCACAUGGCCAAAUGGCUCUGCUGACUCAGCAGAAGUAAAGAGAAGUAUGGCUUUUCUCCCCGCAUUGAUCCGAGAUGCACCUUACUCUAGGCUCAGCAAAGCGCACAGCACGGUUCCCAGACUAAAGCGUCUCACUCUCCAGACCAAGGCACGGCAAACCCUCUAUAAGCACACAGUUAAAAUGUUGAGCCUUCGCAAGUCAUCAGUCUCAACUGGCUGAACUUUGUCAUCAAUGGAGCACUCGGAAAGACAGGGACAAGGGCACUACUGUGCAAAGAAGUCUGCAUCUUUAGACAAAAACUUUUAGAGAUUAUGAACAAUUUGAGGGAGGGCUCUUUUCCUCCUUCAGGAAGAAGCCAGGGAUGUUGCAAUAUAAACUUAAGCUGAUAAUCAGGUCAAAAUGACUGCUUAUUUCAAACCGGAUGAAAGGUCAGACCAAACGUGGGCCGGGUUUCAGAUAAUGGCCAAGGUGAGCUCUUGCUGUUGGCACAACCACAUUACUUGUUGCAGUAUCAUGUUGUGUCAGAUGCCAUUGGAAAUCCAGCCCUUCUCGGGGGCUAGUUCUCUAGAUAUUAAGGUUUGGGUAUUAUUGAUUAGAAGAAUCUCAGAAGAAAAAGCUAGGCUUUGGUUAGUGCUCCCCUUGGGGGGAAAAGGGAGGCACUAAAGAAAUGGAGGCCCAAGAAAUGUUUCUAAAAGUUAAGGCUCCAGAAAGUUAUUAUAUUUUUCAAUCCAGCAUUCAAAAUCCAUUUCUACUUCAUAAAUUAUGCAUUAAUAUGGCUUUGUUCUCUACAGCAAGAGCUACCCAAGAACAUAGCAGCUACCAACUAGGAGGUAUCUAUCCCUCUUCCCUAAUUGCAUUUGUGCUCCUACUUCCAAGGCUCCAUGCAUAGUAGGCACUUAAUAAAUGUUCCAACUAGGUCUGGAUUCCCCUUUGGUUGUGACCCUCCCAGUCCGGAGCAGACUGCUGGGAUUGGAAAUCUCCACCUUGAUUUUUGAAAACAAGCAAAUGUCAUUGUGAGACGUUUGGUGGAUAAAAUGGGGAGAGUAGACAGAGAGUUUGGGUCCAAAAGGAGGUAUGGCUAGCAGGUAACAAAGCUGUUCUUCUUGGGGGUGCUCUGCAAGUCAUCGCCAAAAAGCCACGAUGCUUCAGAGGAUUGCAAAUCACCAAGAGCUCUGUAUUCCUCAAGAUCCUGUUUAAGGUUGCUCUUUAAACACACAACUAAACAUUAUACACAGGGAUUAGUUUGCCCCUGUGCUGAUCAGACUCAUGGAAAUCCUUGGGAACCACCUAGAUCAUAGGCAGGGUGAAGAGAUAAAGUCAAGUGGAGGCUCAGGGCAAAAUGAAAUGAGAAUUAUUGGGAGAGAACUGAUGAGUUCCCAAAUCAGGAAACUGAAGCGCAGAAAGAAGAGACCAGUCCAAAGUAGGAAUCGGAACCCUCUUUACACUACACCACGUUGCCUCCAUUUAUAGUAUUGGUGACCAAAAACACGACCCCUCCCCUCAGUAUUUUGUUUUUUUGCUUUUGUUUCUUGUUCAAAAAUUUAAAAAAAGAAAGAACAGAACAAAAGAACUUAAAACCAGCAGUAGCAUUCAAAUAGGUAGCUAAUAGCCAAUCCCUGCCCCGGAGUCUCUUUCUUCAAGAAUUCUCCAAAUGGGUUUGGAAAUGCUUUCUCCUCUUUCAAUAGGACGAUAUUUUUCAUCCUCUAUGAGGCUAAUUUUCCAGUCAGGAAGAACAAGAGAAGGGAAAAGAACAGCUAGGCUGUAGUUUCAAAGGCUGUCUUUCAAAUUGCUGCCCAGAGAAAGACCAGGAUUCAGAAGGUUCUCAGCAGACUGGUCCAACCUAGACUCUUGCUGGAAUCACUAAGGCUAAAAUUUUACUCAUUGUGAUCUCAGAGAUGCCCAAAGAGCCGAUACAAGAACUGAUCCAGUAGGACUUGCCACAGAACACUGGAACUAGUUUUCCAACAGCCCCUAGAGAAGAAGUUUGGCUUGGGCAGAUCCAGAGAAGGUCCCGAUUGCCUUACAGCAUGGCUAGUCAGUCUGUUGCAGCCUCAUAGUGAUGUUCACCAGCAGCUUUUGGUGCUUAGUGGGCUCUGCUUGAGCAAACCAGCCUGGCUGAGAGGAGCCCAAGGGAUAGUGACAUCAGGUGCCACCCCCUCCUCCCCCAACUCCAGCUAAAGGGAAGGGGGGAUUGAAAUUGAUGAAACCUUGCUUCAACCAAUAGGGAUGCCAUCUUGUCCCUCUCAAGGCCCAACCCCACACCCUCACCCACAUACUCCAGUGUGUGGAAGGGUUUUUGAAAUUGACACCCCUGACAAAUCUGACUCUCCAGACAGAGCUGACCCCAGGGUUGUCAAAUCGGGAUUUAGGUGUUCCAGAUUUGGGGGUCGAGUUUUAUUGAUCUGUAUGUUCAUAUCGUGCGGCCUGGGAAAGGGAGGAAAAGAGGCAAGGUUUCAUUCAUUAAGAAUUCCCUUUUCCCAUUCUAGCUGUCUCAGUUUCACGGGCACAUAUAGAAAGCCUGUCUGCAUGAACCUUAAGGUAAAACCUUAGCUCCCGAGCCCAAUGAUGAGGGAGUGGUUGGGCACGUUCAUCUUAACGACAGCUUGGCAUCAUGGGCUACUCCUUGAAAAUCAACAUGUCUCUUUGAAUAACUGUCACUUUCGUUUCAGUAUACUUCCUGUAAACAGUGCAAAGUUACCGUCAUCUUUAAAUAUAAGUGUGAACAAGAUGAAAUCUCGUAAAAGAAAAUUGUUUAUUUUGUGUGUAUUUUUGGAUUUGUCGUAAACCAAAACGUGAAGCAGCUACUUCCCCCAUUUGGAUGCCAAGUGUUCCAUCCCUUCCUUUUCCGAUGUAAGCAUUCAUAGCUGCCUAUUGAUAAUAAACAUUCAUGAAUGGA